GUUGACACAGCACGCAGUGUGAUAUCUGGCGGCGUAUCUUCCUCCAACAUGGGCCGCAAAGAUUCCACUGUUGUUCCACUGCGUGCUGUGAUUGGAGUCCUCGGCUUCCUGGGGAUAGUUUUCCAGUACGUCCUGAAGGUGACCUUGUCCGUAGCCAUCGGCGGAAUGGUGACCCACACAACAGGUGGCGCAGUUGACACCAGCACGUGUCCGCUGCCAGACGGCACCAGCACCGGCGAAUCAAUCACAGAGGAAGGUGAAUUUGACUGGGACGACGAGAUACAGGGGUACAUCCUGUCGUCGUACUACUACGGCUACGCAGCGACCAACAUACUCGGUGGGUACGCAGCGGCGCGUUUCAGCGCCCGCUGGGUGUACGGGCUAGGACUCCUCAUCGCGGGGGUCUUCACCAUUCUUGGACCGGUUUGCGCGUACGGUGGACCUGUCGUAUUCAUGGUUUCUCGUAUUAUCGUCGGAAUAGCUUCAGGCGUCGUGAUACCAGCAAUGCACGUCCUUUUUGCAAAGUGGUUCCCCGAGCACGAGCGCCAGAGGUUAACAGGAGCGGUUUUCUCAGCAAACUACUUAGGUACCGUGCUUUCUAUGGCUUCGUCAGGAACAAUGGUGAAGAAUUUGGGAUGGACUUCCGUCUUCUACAUAUAUGGCGGUAUAACAACAUUUUUAAUCCUCCCCUGGGUUUACUUUGUGUACGACGACCCAGAAUCUCAUCCCAGGGUCUCAGAGAAGGAGAAGACAUACAUAAUAGAAAAUACGAAACGCAAUCGUAUAGAGAGCAGUGACAAGGAUCCUGACGCACAUGAUAAGAAAGAUCUGAUCGGGAACCCGUGGCCCAUGAUCCUGACAAGCGUCCCGAUGUGGGCCCACGUGCUCAUCAUGUUCGCCACCGGCUGGGUCAACUACACUCUGCUCUCCGAACUGCCGACGUAUGUUGGAAAUAUACUGCACUAUGACAUUGACGAUGCUGGUCUCAUAUCUGCACUGCCUUACCUCUUUGGUUGGAUUAGCUGCAGUGUAUAUAGUUUUCUGACGCAAAAGUUUACGGAAAAGGGGAUGCGUGUUAUCAAUACGAUGAGGAUUUGGGAUGCAGUUGCGUGCGUCGGCAGCGCGCUUUGCCUGCUGGGAGUGACGCUGGUCGACUGUGACGUCACACUGAUCAUCGUGCUGUUCGUGCUGACGAUGGUGUGCCGCUGCGCCGUGUACGGCGGCUCCUACAUGAACCACCUCUACCUCUUCCCGCGCUCGUACGGCGGCGCGGCCGGGCUCGCUCUGACCGGCGCCAACGUGUCCGGCAUCAUAACGCCAAUUGUCACCAGCGCCUUUGUCUCGGGUCGGCAAACGGUACAGCAGUGGAAAUACGUUUUCUAUCUAGCAAUGGGUAUCUCUGCAGUACCGUACAUUUUCUAUCUAAUUUUUGGCACUGCUGAGGAUCAAGAAACUCCCUGGAUGGAGAAGAAAAAACUCAAGAGGAAACAACAAAGUGAACCUUGAACAACGUCACUGUGUGUCUUAGAAAUUCGUCAAUACUCAACUGCAUGGACAAAUUGUUCGAAAUGUUCUUCGUCGUUCGACAGGCUAUGAGUAGGACUGCACUAUGAGUGAACGAAGGAACUGUGUAGAAAAGCACAGAGCGCUCAUUUUGCGCAUUUUUCUUCAACGAUGCCAGCGUUAGUAACCCAGUAGCAAACGCCUAGAGUGCUGUUAAGUUCGUAUCGGCAGCAACUCUCGUGCCAGUCAUAGAGCACUAAGGCUGAACGUGAAAUGAAAAAGAGUUUAAGAGAUAAGGGAACCAUCUGAAACAUAUAUGGAGCAGUAUUACGAAAAUAUGUUAGCUAACUAUAACGCCACGAUCUGUGAUCAAAAAACGUUACAAUUAAUAGUUAUUCCUAGUCAGGAUACGUCACUCAUUGGCUUUCUAUACAGCCGAGGCAGCUUAAGACAAAUGAAACAGGCCAGAUUUGAGCCAACAGUUCGUCCUUUGUAAGUUUUGGCCUUUCCAUUCGACGGCAAUGUGCUGUUUUGUGUGAAGAACUACGGUACAUUACGCCAAGAAUUUUUCAACUGUUAUUUAUAUGAGGGGUCUCUGAACCCUUUCGCGAUAAUAAUUGUAUUUUAACACACUACUUGCAGUUUUACGUAUUUCCGUCUACAUUCUAUUUAAAAAGUAGCAUAUAAUGGAUACGCCAGUGUUGCCGCAAUAAAAAAGAAAAAAAAAACGUUUUGAAGUGUCGACUCGAUUUGUAAUACAAACAUUUUGACUGUCCAAAUUAACAAAUAAAUCGCCAGAUUUUUUAAAGUGGGGAAUAUUACGUUUUAAUGCUUCUUACGGACAAAAAACUAAAUGACCCAGGGACUCAUUGUGGUUUUUUCCUUCUCUGCUACAGCUCUCAAAAUAUAGAAAAGAAUUUCUAUUCCUGAGUUCUAGUUCUUUCAACUAUAGAUUUUAAGAAGGAAAAGCAGUCUAGCUAUUUUAAAUUUUCUGGAACUUUCUCAAACAUAAUGCUAGUAUAAGAAUGAAUGUUUUUUGUAUUCUGUUUUGUUUCUGUGUAUAAGUAGAAACUUAAUCCGUAUCUGAUAUGUUGUA